AAGGAGAGGAAGAAAGCCGGGGAGGAGAGAGAGCAAACAAGCCAGAGGGAGAGAGAGAGAGAGAGAGGGAAAAGGAAGAGGAAGGUGGCUCUGGGGCCUCAAUAGCUGAUGGGAGAAUCGAGCGGCUCGGUGUCCAUUGACGUGGAGAGAAUCUCGUUUGGAGGGAAGGAACACCUUAUACAAACAAGAUGUGGGUCUGUUUCAGUGUCCGUGUUUGGUGAUCAGGAAAAACCUGCUCUUGUAACUUAUCCUGAUGUGGCUUUAAACUAUAUGUCAUGCUUUCAAGGAUUGUUUUUUACUCCAGAGGCUGCUUCUUUGUUACUUCAUAAUUUUUGUAUAUAUCAUAUCACCCCUCCUGGACAUGAGUUUGGAGCUGCUCCUAUUUCUAUGCACCUCCCAGUGCCUUCUGUUGAUGAGUUGGCAGAUCAAGUUGCGGAUGUUCUUGAUUUCUUUGGGUUAGCAGCUGUGAUGUGCAUGGGUGUCACUGCUGGUGCUUACAUCCUUACCCUUUUUGCUUCAAGAUAUCAACACCGAGUUAUCGGUCUGAUGCUUAUAUCGCCAUUAUGUAAAGCUCCCUCCUGGACCGAAUGGUUCUACAAUAAGGUGAUGUCGAAUUUGUUGUACUUCUAUGGGAUGUCCGGGCUGAUUAAAGAUUUUCUGCUUCAGAGAUAUUUCAGUAAGGAAGUUCGAGGAAAUACACAAGAGCCUGAAUCAGAUAUAGUCCAGGCCUGCAGAAGCCUUCUAGAUGAAAGACAAAGCUUGAACGUCUGGCGAUUUCUUCAAUCAAUGAAUGGGAGACGUGACUUGACUGAAGAGUUGAAGAAGCUUCACUGCAGGACAUUGAUAUUUGUCGGUGACAGCUCUCCCUUCCACUCUGAUGCUCUCCACUUGACCUCCAAGCUUGACAGGAGAUACAGUGCCCUUGUUGAGGUCCAAGUGUGUGGGUCACUGGUGACAGAGGAGCAGCCGCACGCCAUGUUGAUUCCCAUGGAGUAUUUCCUCAUGGGAUAUGGGCUUUACCGGCCAUGCCAGCUGAGCUUAAGCCCUCGGAGCCCUCUAAGCCCCUCCUGCAUUUCGCCGGACCUCUACUCGCCGGAGAGCAUGGGCGUGAAGCUGAAGCCGAUCAAGACCAGAAUUGCCUUGAAAGCUUGAUGUGACUGGUAGGUGGCCUGUAUCAUUACAUGCUUUGUCUGUAUCUGAUGAAUCUAGUUGUUGGGUGGGGGUGUAGAUAGAUGAAUACAAAUAGUGUUAAGGGGGCAGUUCUUUCGUUUUGUUUUAUUUUUCCAUUCAAUUGUCGCCCUCAUAGUUCUUUUUCAUUAUAAAGAAAGGUUAAUGUUCCUUUUUUAUUUUAUUUUUAUCAUAUAUGUGACUACAUAAUCAUUAUUGAUAAAAAGACUGUGCUGCCGCCGGCAUUCAAUCAUUAUAUGCUGUAGCUGGAUUAUUUAUUGCCUUUAUUAUUAUUUUUGUA